UCCACUGAAGGAUUUAAAUCUACAAUCCUGUUAUAAGUUAAAUGAUCAUUAUCAGUGAAUAAUGAAUGAUUUAAUUUACAUCAAUAACAUUAAGUAAUAUGAUCUCAUAAAUUUGAAUUACGGUGUCUAUAUUUGUCAUUUGAAGAUUGAGCCACAUGAUCUCGCCCUCUCUCCUCUCUGAACGCUCCACGGUCAACGCCGUCUUCAUUGCCAUGGCAAACCAAUCCCAGGCGAAGCCUAGCCUUGCCGUCGACCCGAACUCCGGCUUUUGCCUUCUAACCAGAACAUUCCAUAGCCUCCGUCCUGACCACCCCGUUCCUCCUCUCUCUCAACCUCUCUCCAUCGCCGACUACGCAUGCUCUCUCCUCCCCACCUCCGUCUCGUCCACCACCGUCCUCAUCGACUCCGUCACCGGCCGCCUCCUGUCCUACUCCCUCUUCCUUCGCCAAGUCAAAAACCUCGCUUCCUCCCUCGUUUCCCUCGCCCCUCUUUCCAAAGGCCACGUCGCCUUCAUUCUCUCCCCUUCUUCUUUGCACAUUCCCGUUCUCUAUUUCUCUCUCUUGUCUCUCGGAGUCAUCGUCUCACCCGCUAACCCGCUGAGCUCUGACUCGGAGGUAGCUCACCAGGUUCAACUCGUUCAACCCGUUAUCGCAUUCGCCACCUCGUCUACUGCCCACAAGAUCCCAAACCUUCAAUACGGUACCAUAUUGCUCGACUCGCCUCAGUUCCUUUCCAUGAUUGACGGACUCCCCGGAAAUGUUAACAGCGGAAGCGGCACAGUUGAGGUGAGUCAAUCUGAUACGGCGGCGAUUCUAUUCUCUUCGGGAACCACAGGCCGAGUCAAGGGAGCUUUGUUGACUCACGGGAAUUUUAUUUCGGUAAUCAGUGGGCUGCAUUACACGAGGCACCUGAAUAGCAAUGAUGAAGCACGCCGUGUGUACUUGUUCCCAUUGCCUCUGUUUCACGUGUUUGGUUUUUUCGCGCUGAUUUCGUCCGUGGCAGCAGGGGAUACGGUGGUUUUGAUGCGGAGGUUCGAUUUCGGAGAGAUGUUGAAGGCGGUAGAGAGAUACAAAAUUACUACCAUGCCGGUGUCGCCCCCGCUUGUGGUGGCGCUGACUAAGUCGGAGUUUGCCAGCAAGUACGACCUUAGCUCGCUUCGGUUUCUGGGAUGCGGCGGCGCCCCUCUUGGCAAAGAAGUGGCUGAAAACUUCAAAGUCAAAUUCCCCAACGUGGAAAUUAGCGAAGGCUAUGGUUUGACUGAGAGCUCAGGUUUAGCAACGAGAAUGAUAGGGCCUGAGGAGACAAAGCGUCACGGUUCAGUGGGUCGACUAGAAAAGAAUUUUGAAGCCAAAAUAGUGGAUUCUGUGUCUGGAGAAGCAUUGCCUCCUGGAAAGAAAGGAGAAUUAUGGUUGCGAGGUCCUACAAUUAUGAAAGGUUAUGUGGCAGAUGAGACGGCCACCACUGACACAUUGGAUUCAGAAGGAUGGCUCAAGACUGGUGAUCUUUGUUACUUUGACUCCCAUGGCUUCCUCUUUAUUGUCGACAGGAUAAAGGAGCUGAUUAAAUACAAAGCAUACCAGGUUCCCCCAGCUGAGUUGGAACUUCUACUUCUCUCACAUCCUGAAAUUGCCGAUGCUGCUGUAAUUCCUUAUCCAGAUGAAGAUGCAGGGCAGAUACCAAUGGCUUUUGUGGUAAGAAAAUCUGGAAGCAAUAUUAUUGCAUCCGAGGUCAUGGAUUUCGUGGCAAAGCAGGUGGCGCCAUACAAGAAAAUAAGGCGACUAUCAUUUGUGAAUAAUAUCCCAAAAUCUGCAUCAGGUAAAAUAUUGAGAAGGGAAUUGGUUACUUAUGCUCUGAAUGGUAGUGUUUCCUCCAAAUUGUGAUUAGAGCGAUGAUUAUGGGAACAAAUCACUUUAGGCUUAAAGAACUUGUGUCUGUUUUGUGCAUUGCACAGCAUAUGAAGAUAAAUGAGCUGUACUGUUUAUGUAGUUAAUAGUUUAUAAGCAGUGCAACUUAUAUUGAGAUUUUAUAUUAUGCAUAAACACAACACUGUGAAAUCAAUUAAAUAGGACACUCCCGCUAUUUAACGUUA